UGUUUGGUCGAUUGCAUCGACUUGUCAAAGAAUUCAAAAUGGCGUCAGCCAACUUGACGUUCUGAACGUCGCAAAAAUACUUUUUAAUUAUUUUCCAGUUCUAUUUUUCAUUUAAAUUUUUGUUUAAAAUCGUACAAACAACCGUUUCGUGUAACAAAAUCGUUUAAUUUUAGUGUCAAGUGUGUAACCUCAAUUCGGGACCCCGUCGCAGGAAAAUCGAACCCCGGAAAAUCGCCCCAUUUAUUUACAAGAUGCAGCAAUUCGUCCAAUGAUCCAUCGCGAGGAUCCAAACCCACCAAAGCUCACGUUGUCGUAUCUGUGAUCUCGGAGGCUACAAUGGAAGCCAUGCAGUAUGAGUUGGCUCGGAACAUGACCCUAUUGUUUUUCUUCGAAAGGCUGCUCGACAAGGGGGAGCCGAGGACCUUGCAUGACCUCAGUUGCCAGUUUGGGUCGAAAGGGUUCACUAAGGAGAUGAGGCAGAUCGCUGGAGGCUCACAAAGUGGACUCAAGAAGUUCCUGGCUCAAUAUCCAGCUCUUUUUUCCAUCGAAGGGGAAUAUGUGACCAUCAACAUGUUCCAGAAUUGCGGAAGCAAGGAUAACGCUGGUGGUAAGGACUACACGACCCAAGCAGUCGAGUACUUCUCCGAAAAACUCGCCCAAUACGGCGAAGGCACCGAAGUACCCAUUCGCAGCUUAUUGGGUCACCGCUCCCAAGCCAGUCCAGAAGUCCGCCACGUGUCAGGCCAACAUUUCCACGAAUUCCGCGAAUUCCUCCUCAAACAUCCCGACACCUUCACAGUAGACGACGAGAAAGAAACCGUCGUCCUCACAAACUACACAGCCGUACGGUCACAUUGUCCCCAAGAACUGCACUUCCAACCCGUGGUCAAAAUCGACCCGGAAACCACACAGACACUGCUAGAUUUCUUAGCUCAAUGCAUAGAAGUCAAAGGUCCUAUUCUCGUAGAACAAUUAUUUCAAAUAGUCAGUUGCAACCUGCCCGAAAGCAUGUGGACGAACCUGUUCAACACACCGGCUCACUUGACCAGCUUUCUGCGCUUGUUCGCUGACAGUUUCCACAUUCAGUCAAAUUUAGUAACUUUGUUGCAAGCACCUAAAGUCAGCCAGAAACAUAUCAACGUUCAGGUUUCCGCGUUAAAGGAAAACGAAACUAAAUCCAGCGAACUGGAGGUGAAGAACGCCAAAAAUUUGGUGAACAAUCAGGAGGUGGCGCCCGAGAUUAUAGAGAGGGCGCCACCUCCGCCACAGCCUACUCAGUUGAGUCCGAGGUCGAUCAGCGACCGAUUAAAGCAACCCAAGUUGCAACAGAAACUUUCCGAAGCUCAGAAGAGUUUGUCACCUGAGCCUCCGACGAGUCCCACGCCGCCGCAGUCCAGCGGCCUGGAUGCCGACAAAGGCAAAGUGACCUUUAAAAUUGGCAAAUCUCCGAGGCAGAGUACCGAAUCUCCGGAAGAAGCGCCACCACCGACUGAUUCCAAAACCAAAACUUCUAACAACAACCAAAGUCUCAAGCAGAGGAUCAAUAGUCUCGUUCUGAAGACUCUGCAGGAAAAUACGGGGAGAGAGAGGCAAAGUCUUCUGAACCAUCAAGCUCAUAACGAGUCCUGGAAAGUGAAGCUGUUCCAAAACACUCGAGUUAUUUGUAGUGUGAAGGAAUGCCAGAUGGUCGUCGACGAUUUAAUGGGGAGGGUCAAACACUUACAGGGUAGUCAAAAUAGUGAUUGGCCUUUCACGGAUGACAAGGUUGUGGUGGGUUUGGAUUGCGAAGGGAUCAAUUUAGGGGUAAAAGGGCAAUUGACGUUGCUGCAGCUCGCGACGAUGACUGGAUUUUCAUAUGUUUUUGAUUUAAUUUCUUGUCCUGCGAUGAUUGACGCGGGUUUGAAGAAGUUGCUGGAGAGUCCAGAUAUCGUGAAGAUCGUCCACGACUGCCGCAACGAUGCCGUCAACCUCUACAGUCAGUACAACAUUACGCUGCGUUGUAUUUUCGAUACGCAAGCUGCUCAUGCCGUCCUUACCUUCCAAGAUACGGGUCGGCCGGUCUAUAAAGCAAAGAGCGUCGCUUUGAACGCUCUUUGCGAAUGCUACGGCGCACCCAUCAACCCAAUAAAGGACCAACUCAAAAAUAUAUACAGGAGGGACCAGAAAUACUGGUCGCGACGUCCCCUAACCCGGGAAAUGAUUUUAUACGCCUCAGCCGACGUCUUGAGCUUGGUGAACGAAAAGAUAUAUCACCCGAUGUCGAAAGGCAUCAAGGUCGAGAAUCGAGCGCUCAUGCUGGAAUUGUGUCAUGAACAGAUAUUCAUGCAUAUCGAUCCCGAUGCGGUUAAAGCUAAGAAGCGCCAGCGGAAAACCGAAACCGAAGUAACCGAACUUCGCCAGAAGCUAUCUCAAGCUACCAAAAGCGUGGUGCUUAGCAAUCGCGAGGUUCGGUUACUGCGCUACAUCGAACUAACCGACGACGAAAAGGAAAAGUUGAAGUCGUCUGCGAAGGUGGCGAAGAAACUGGAGAAGUUGGAGAGUUUGGGGCAGGAUAAUAAGGACGAGGAUGAAGACGAAGAGGAGGGUGAUAAUGAUCCGGAUUAUCCGAGUUUGGAUAGCGAUAUGACCUCUCCGCGGAACUCCGAGCCGACGAGUCUGACCGAAUCGAUGCAGCUUGUCGAUUCGAUUCUGAACGAUAGUAAGAUCGAUAGGUUGGAUAAGUUGGAUCGGUUAGAGUCGAUCUUAUCGGCAGCUGCGUUUUUACCGACUGAAAAUAACGAGGGUGUUAAAUGUCAUUGUAAUUGUCAUAAUCGGUUGAGCAACGGUUAUAAUAACGGGGAGAGGGUGAUUUCACCGACGAAUAACUUUAAGAGUGGGAGGGAGAGUGAGGUUGAGGUUAAACAUAACCAUGCGAAUGUUGGGACGCAAACUUUGAGUACGGGAGAUAUAGUUGUCACGAAAAUAUUUUUCAACGAAAAUGCCGAGUGAGUAGGGUUUCAAAAAAAGCACUAAAUUUAUUAUAUUAAAGGGACACGGUACUAUGUAGGUUUUUAGCUGGAUUAAUGCUCAAUUAAUAGAAUUUAACGGAAUUAACUCGUUGACGAGGUUAGGUAUGAUUUUUUAUAACGGUGGCCUUAAUCACCCCCUUUAUUGUUAAAUUAAUUGUGUAUAUAUGAGUUUGUCGAAUUUAUACGAAUGGAGCUGUAGUGUACGUUAGUAUGUAUAUAUUAACGUUUUUUAACAUUUUUUAUUUAUUGUGUUAUUUUAAUGUUACUUAAUUGCUCGAUUCACCUAAUUGAAGAUUUAUACUAUAUAUUGAGAAGCCAUAUUUUAAAUAGUUGUUAUUAUUUAAAAAAUGUGGAUUUUAUCGAUAAUUACUUAAUUAGUUAGAUACCAAGGUGAUACUGAUUUUUAUAUAAUUUAUUUUAGUCUUUGUUUCUUAAAGAUUUGGUUUAAGACAACUAAGACUAAUAUGAACGAUGAAAGAACAUGGUAUUAACAUUAUUAAGCAAUAUUUAUGUGUUAUUAACAUAUAUU